AUGGAACGGAGACUCAAAUUUUCACUGACUCAGAACCACGCACACACCCACCUGAAUGACAAAAUUGAUGCGCUUGAGGUGUCCAAAUAUUUUCUACUUCAGUGCAGCUCGCCAACGAUGCAUUCAGAAUGCCCGCAGAGCCAACUCAUGUGCGGGUGUACCGCAAGUCGCGAGAGGGCACCGAUGUGGUAUCGGUAUCCAGACCAAAACGGCUCGCUAUUCAGCGAAAUUAGACGCCUGUAA